AGUAAAAGAAUAAACAAAAGAAUGCAUUUUAUGAAUAAAAUACAAAUAAUGGCCUAAAUUGCUAUGUAAACAUAAUAGUGAUUAAAUGUGUAUAAAAUGCAUUUGGAUUGUACUAAAACGGGCUAAUAUGAAGGAAUAAAAAAUGACAUUUGAAGACUUAUCAAGAAGCCGGAUUUUGUAGUUUGGGAUGGUAUCUUGUACUAUCGGGAGCGUAUGGUUGUGCCAGCGGGGGAGGUGAGAGAACGCCUGUUUUGCGAAGCACACAGCACUGUGUAUACCAUGCACCCGGGUAGUAACAAGAUGUUCCAGGACCUUAGGACACAUUACUGGUGGCCCGUGAUGAAGCGGGAGAUCACAGAAUUCACGUCGCGGUGUUUGACUUGUCAACAGGUGGAUUUCGUCGUGGGACUACCAUUGUCACCACAAAAGCAAACGGAUCUCAAUUCGGACCCGUUCGGGGGGAAAAGCGCAUACCGUUCAGUUGGCCAUCAGGGCACAACUCCAACAACUGGCGGCGCUGCAACUCGACGGCGAGGAAAGACGCCGGCAGUGGAGGCGACGUCCAGCGCUAGGCGUGGCGGCGCUGCAUUCGACGGCGAGGAUGGCCGCUGUUCUAAGGGCGACGGCGGCUGGAGGCGAUUGGCGGCGCUGGACCUGGCGGUGAGUGGCGGACCUCUGGCGAAGGAGAAGCAGCGGCGAUUGGAAACCGUCAUCGGCGGCGCUGACCCUGGCAGUGGGCGACGGACUUCCGGCGAGGGAGAGGCUGCGGCGAUGGCUGGGGAAGGACGACCGAAAUGAAGAAGAUGAAGAAAAUAACGAUCGUGUGGCUCUCGGCGGAAGAUAAUAGGUUUAGGUUUUAUUUAUUAAUUCCAAUACUAGUGGUUUGGGCUCCGGGCCCAAAAUACCAGAUUAAAUGGUCAUAACAUGAGCUCCAUAACUCCGAUUCGCGAGCCGUCUGAACCGCCGCGAUCACAAAAAUAUUUCCUACAAAAUGACAUAAAAGUUGGGCUUAGAAUCCAAAUUAUAAUUUUAACUCCUUUUUGGGCCCAAUUCAUAAUCAAUUGCUUUAACAAUU